AUGUGCUACAAAGUCGUUGAGCGCUACUCCGUCUGCAAAUGUCUCUAUUUCGAACACUCAAUCGACCCCUGCCAAGCUUAUGGCCAGCGCGGCCACAGUGUGCAGGAAAAGACCGUUCUCGUCGGGUACGUCUGUGACCGGCACUCGCGGGCAUCGACGUCGCCCCGCUGGCCGGAUUCAGGUUAUUCGAGUGAGAAGGGGUCUUGUCGGUGA